UGAUUUCGCAAUUCGAUACUCGACUUAUGCUGUCUUUAGCAUCCCACGUGUUUUGGUUUAGAAAACAUGGCGGCGCUCACGGGUGAGAUGCAAGUAGCCGCAACCAAAAGACCAAACGUGCGUGGUCCUAGGCGAGUGGCAAACCAGAUCCCGGAUGAGAUUUUGACAGACCCGGAGUUGCAGGAGGCUAUUCGUGCCUUACCAGCAAACUACAACUUUGAAAUUCACAAGACAGUUUGGAGAGUGCGUCAAGCUAAAGCCAAGAGGGUGGCCCUGCAGUUACCGGAGGGGCUUCAGAUGUUUGCCUGUGUGAUCGCCGACAUCAUUGAAAGGUUCACGGAAGCCGACACGCUGGUGAUGGGGGACGUGACGUACGGAGCCUGCUGUGUGGAUGACUUCACCGCUCGGGCCCUGGGAGCCGACUUCAUGGUGCACUACGGACACAGCUGCCUCAUUCCCAUUGACUCCACCGCGGGCAUCAAGAUGCUGUACGUGUUUGUGGACAUCCAGAUGGACACGUCUCACUUCCUGGACACGCUGCGCUUCAACUUCCCCCCGGGUCACUCUCUGGCCUUGGUCAGCACCAUCCAGUUUGUGGCUGCUCUGCAGGCGGCGAGUGCUGCUCUGAAGCCGGACUACGAUGUGCUGGUGCCUCAGUGUCGGCCGCUGUCCCCGGGAGAGAUCCUGGGCUGCACAUCUCCGCGCCUGGACCGCUCGGUCAAUGCCAUCAUUUAUCUUGGAGAUGGAAGAUUUCACCUCGAGUCUAUUAUGAUUGCCAACCCAGAUAUACCAGCCUACAGGUAUGACCCUUACAGCAAAAUCUUCUCACGAGAGUACUACGACCACCAGGCCAUGCGGGCCGCCAGGCUUGAGGCCAUCGACAAAGCCCGCACAGCCCAGAGAUGGGGCCUGAUCCUGGGCACCCUCGGUCCAGGCAACCCCAAGAUCCUGGAGCACCUGGAGUCCAAGCUGGAGGCCCAUGGCAGAUCUUUCACCAGGGUUUUGCUGUCGGAGAUCUUCCCCAGCAAGCUGCAGCUGAUGGCAGAUGUGGAUGCGUGGGUGCAGAUCGCUUGUCCUCGGCUGUCCAUCGAUUGGGGCACGGCUUUCUCCAAACCCCUGCUGUCUCCGUACGAGGCCGCCGUGGCACUGCAGCAGGCCGACUGGCAGGAAGUCUACCCCAUGGACUUCUACUCCAAUCAGAGCCUGGGGCCCUGGGCCCCCAAUCACCCCGACAACCAACCGGCGCGGCCCCCUCGUCGACAGGCCCAGAAGAGUGGGCAGCCUCCAUCGCAGCCUCCCGAGCCCAAGCCCUGUGGACGGGACCAGAGCGCCCCCUGUGGCUGUCAGGAGGAAUGACGGGACAAAGCAGCAGCGGCUCUGCUGCUCUCUUCCAUGUCAGCAGCCAACCACGGCUUAUCUUCCCCAUCUGCAGGAGACUGGCCAGCCAAUCAGAGCCCCAGAGCACAUCGUCAAGGCGCGUCACGGGGACGAUAAUGUGGAGCCUCUCUGCCAGUCUCUCCCUUGAUAAUGGCAACGAUAGCAACAAUAAACAGCAAUAACAACCACAGACACAUCACCAAAAAGGACCUCUAUAUCACACUUACUGUAUGCCUUUGUCGCACACUUAAUGUAUGGUGAGAGAGUGAGAGAGAGGGGAAGAGAGGGGAAGAGGGGGAGGAAGAGAGAGGGAGAGGGGGAGGGAGGAAUGGAGAGAAAAGAGAGAGGGAGGAUGACUGAGCCGCCCUGUUAUUCUUGUUCCAACAACCUGUGGGCAUAUUCGCUUCCAUCAUUGUCACCUUUUUCAUUGCUUAAGCACAUGUAACCACACUUCAAAUAUCUUGACAUUUUGAAAUAUUCUUUAUAGCAGCCAAAGGCUGAGUAGACACUGGACCUUGAGUAUUGUAAAAGACAUUUACCACUGCAUAAAAUGUGUCCUCUUAAAUCUACAGAAUGGAAAUGUCAUUCACAUUUUGCCCUUGGCCAUCCAGAUGUCUUAAUGCAGAAAUCAAAAGACUGUUUUUAUUUUAUUUUAUUUUUUUUUAUGUGACGCGAAAAUUGAAAGACCCAGUGGAACUCUGAGAUCGCCGAUCUUCCUGGCAUGCCCCUCGGAGAUUCACAGCCAAGCUUAUUAGAUUCGAUGUCUGUUGAAUCACGAUGGGCUGCCCUUGGGGUGUUGAACCUCAAAGCUCAGCACCGUGCACAUUAAUGAUGCAUUGGUUAUUCAAUCAAUUAAACAUUUUUUGGUG